AAGCUCAUCUUCCUCGAAACUACUACUACUCGUUCCUUAACUUCUUAAUCCCCAAAGAACUCUAUUUUUGGUAGUUGUCGUUUUCCUUUUCUUUGAAUCUUUCUUUGUACUUUUUGCAACCUAGUUUAGUUAGCAUAAAAUACUAUAUAUAAUGGACACCAAGGUUCUUUCUUCUGGAAUCAUUUAUUCAAAACUACCCGAAAGCUAUAUUCGACCCGAAUCCGAUAGACCUUGUCUUUCUCAAGUUUCUCAGUUCGAAAAUGUUCCUAUCAUUGAUUUGGGCUCUCAAAACAGAACACAAAUUGUGAAGCAAAUUGGUCAAGCAUGCAGCUCCUAUGGUUUUUUCCAGGUAAUUAAUCACGGGGUGUGUCUAGAAGCAUUGAAAAACACGGCAGAAGUGGCAUCUGAAUUUUUCAAGUUGCCAGUUGAGGAGAAGCUGAAAUUGUAUUCAGAUGAUCCAACAAAGACAAUGAGAUUAUCAACUAGUUUUAAUGUGAACAAAGAAGAGGUUCAUAAUUGGAGAGAUUAUCUUAGACUUCAUUGUUAUCCUUUGGAUGAUUAUGUGCCUGAGUGGCCUUCUAAUCCUCCUUCAUUCAAGGAAACAGUGGCAAAUUACUGCAAAGUAGUUAGGGAAUUGGGGUUGAGAAUAGAAGAAUACAUAUCAGAGAGUUUGGGCCUAGAAAAAGAUUACUUAAGGAAUGCUUUGGGAGAACAAGGGCAACACAUGGCAGUGAAUUAUUAUCCACCAUGCCCACAACCAGAACUUACUUAUGGAUUGCCAGGGCACACAGACCCAAAUGCUCUUACAAUUCUACUCCAAGACCUUGAUGUUGCUGGCCUCCAAGUUCUCAAAGAUGGUAAAUGGCUUGCAGUUAAUCCUCACCCUGAUGCUUUUGUCAUUAACAUUGGUGAUCAACUACAGGCUUUAAGUAAUGGGCUUUACAAGAGUGUUUGGCACAGGGCUAUUGUGAAUGCUGAUAAGCCAAGACUUUCCGUGGCUUCAUUUCUCUGUCCAGGCACUGAGGCAUUGAUAUGUCCUGCCAAGCCACUCACAGAAAAUGGAACUGGAGCUGUAUACAGAGGAUUUACAUAUGCUGAAUACUAUAGCAAGUUUUGGAGUAGAGACUUGGACCAAGAACACUGUUUGGAAUUUUUCAAGAACAACCAACCUUAAAUGUGCAAUUGCCACAAUAUAUAAGUGUAAUAAUAAAUGAGGGAGUUAUUUGACAAAAUCAAAUUUUACUCUCUCUUUUCCUAUCCAAUCUUUACUUCUAUGAACUAGCUUAUAAUUUUCAAUUCUUUAUUGCUUUUGUUGUUUUGAUUGUCAAUGUAUUUCCUUGUAGCAAAUUGUAGUUUUUUUUGUUGAAAAUUGCAAAUAGUUUGUUUCAUAAAAUUAUGUCAUACUCUCAUCCAUUC